AUGGGAAAACCUUUAUAUCUUGUUAAAUUUAUAAUUAUUGGUAGUCAAUCAGUUGGUAAAAGUUGUCUUUUAUUUAGAUUCAUUGAUAAUAAAUUUAAAAGUCAAUCAACUCAUACAAUUGGUGUAGAUUUUUCAUCAAGGGUUGUAGAUAUUCAAGGGAAAAAUGUUAAAUUACAGAUUUGGGAUACUGCCGGACAAGAAAGAUUUAGAUCAGUUGUUAUUUCAUAUUAUAGAGGAUCAGCAGGUGUCGCAUUAGUUUAUGAUGUUACAAAUCGUGAAUCAUACAAUCAUAUCACAAAUUGGUUAUCAGAUGUUAAAUCACUUGCAUCACCAGAUGUAACAAUUAUUUUAGUUGGAAAUAAAGCAGAUUUAACAGAACAAAGAGAAGUUACAUUCUUGGAAGCAUCUAGAAUAGCUCAAGAGAAUGGAUUAUUAUUUAUGGAAACUUCAGCCCUUACUGGUGAAGGUGUUGAAGAAAUGUUUUUAAAGUGUACUCGUACAAUCAUGACAAAAAUUGAUAGUGGUGAAGUUAAUUUAGAACAUUUAGGUGUACAAAUAUCUUCAGAUUCUGGUAAUGUUACAAAGAAACCUGGUGAUUCAUCUAAUUGUAGUUGUUGA